AUGGGUGACGGCGGUUUCACCAAGGAGCAGCUGGCCAUGGCCAAGCAGCUGCAAGCCGGCUACUGCUCUAGCGGCACGUUCAAGGCCCCUAUGGUGACCAGUCGUCCGGCUCCUCACCAGCAGGCCGGCCGCUCGUCCACCGCGCCGGCCGUUCGUAUGCCUCCGUCAUCACAGACGACUCGGUCGCAGCCCGGAUCAGUGCUUCGUUCGAGCAAUGGCCUGGUUCGUCCUCUGCCGUCAGGAGAAAGCGGCUCUCGAGAGCCCGACGCAGUCUACUACUGCUAA